AUGGGUAUGGCAUGCGACGCCGAGGGCCGCGCGGCGACCGGUGAGCAAGUUGCGCCGCCGCUGACCGCCGGCGCGUGCGGCGUGCAGGCCGAGGAGACCAAGUCGGACGUUGAAGCUCCGGGGCUGAACCCGGAGGAGACGGCCAUGAUCCUCACGAGUCUGAGCAAGGGCUUCUCCGGUGGUGGCAGUGGCAGUGGCAGUGGUGUUGCCGCCCCGGUGGCAGGCUCUCCGGAUUCGGACCACGAUGAUGACAUGGGCGAGUUGUCGGACGAUGACGAAGACUCCGAGCACCGCCGCCACUUCACCGCUAUCGGCGGAGUAGGAAAGGUGCACCGCGUGCAGCAGAUCAACUUCGACGGCCCCAAGGGCAGCAAGCUCGACUUCACGGACGACGCCGGCUUCAGCCAUUGCUUCAGGAAUGAGAGCAACCGCGUCAAGAGUCUCGUCACCAAGCAUAUCUCCAUCGAGGAGCUGCGCGCCCACUUCGACCGGCCGAUCAUCGACGUGGCCAAGGACUUUGGCAUCUGCAUCACGCUCAUGAAGAAGAUCUGCCGUCGCAACGGCAUCAAGCGCUGGCCGCACCGUCAGAUCCGGUCGCUGUCCAAGAGCAUUGCGUCCAUGGAGGCCGCCAUGCUCAGUGCACACGGCAGCGAACGCGAGAAGUAUCGGGACCAGAUCGUGAACUUGAAGAUGAAGCGCGAGUCCGUCAUUGCGGACCCGAACAAGGACAGCUCCAUGCGUCCCAAGACGUCACCGCCAUCUUUGCUGACUCCACGACCGGGUGAUGAGGCCCACGCCACCUCGCAGGGCUACCCCGUAACACCUACCGUCAAGAUGGAGAACUUGGCGGUCAGUACUCCACACCCAGCACCGACUUCGAGCACUUCCACCACUGGUCCGUCGAAGGGCGGACGAUGGACCAGCGAAGAGCACGCCGCCUUCCUCGAGGGCAUCCGCCUGUACGGGAAGGACUGGCGUCGCGUGGCCCAGGUGGUCAUGACGCGUAGUGCAGUGCAGACGCGUACCCACGCCCAGAAGUAUUUAUUGAAAUUUGCUGGGCGCUUCCCGUUCGACACGGAUGGAGUGCUGAAGGACCAUCACCCGGCCCCGGUGCAGACGCAGUACUCGUCCAGUGAGAAGCCUGCGACUUCCAUGCUGAGUCCGACGACGAGCGUGGCGUCGAGCAACACGGCGAUGACCCCAGCGAGCGACGACUGCGCGAGCAAUGGAUCUUGGAACUCGGAAGAGGCCCAACCGCCAACGAAGCACGGAGAGGCCAUGGCCAUGAUCUUGAACGGAAGCCCGCAGGUGGAGCCGGUCGCGGGACCUCAUGGCUCGAAUGCCGGAGCUGCAACACUGCCGCCUUUGCCAUCGCGCACGACGACGAUCAAGGUGGAGGAAGCAGCACCAGCAGCGUUCCAGCCGCAGCCAUUCGCGCAGCAAGGGACAGCGCCGGCCUCUUUCCAGUACUUCUCCCAGCAGGGGCCACUUCAGCAGCAACAGGUUGCGCCGUGA